AUGAAGUUCUCUAUAGCAGACCAGAAAAAGAAGUAUGCAAUAAAGGAAGAUGUUGCUGAUGUUUUGAAGCGAAUUGAAGAUGAUAUUGAAGAGCUUGUUGAAGUGGAUCUUUCAGGCAACUGUUUUUCAGAGGAAGCUAUGGAAGAGAUAUGCAAAGUGCUUGCAAACGCAACAAGCUUACGCAUCAUCAAUUUAUCAAGUGUUUUUCUGCUUCUUGGCAAGGAAAGGCUGUGCCACAAUCUUGCACUUCUUUCAAAUAUGUUGAGGAAGCAUCGUAUACAAAAGAUUGAUCUGAGCGACAAUGCGAUAGGAUCUGAGUUUCCUGAAGAGUUUGGGAUGUUUAUUUCUGAGACAAAAAGUCUUGUGCAUCUGAAGAUGAACAAUUGUGGACUUGGAGAGAUUGGGGGGAAUAGACUUGGAGGGUAUAUGAAGAGAAUUGAAGAUAAAAGUGUGCUUGAAGUAGUUGACAUUGCACAGAAUAGAUUUUUUGUGUUUCCAAAGGAGCUGCGAGAAGCACUUGAGGAGUUUGAUGGGAUAAAGGAGCUGAGAAUUCAAUACAAUACGAUUGAAGAGAAGACGAUGCUGAGUUUUCUGAAUGGAUUAGAAAAGCAUGUGCUUGAGGUACUUGAUAUGAGAGACAAUUUUUUAUCUGAAGAGGGAUCCAAAAGACUAGGGGAAUUGUAUUGUGGAUGGGACAUGAAGGAGUUGAGAGUUGGUGACUGUAUGAUGAGAAAUAGCGGAGUCAAGAAGUUUUUGGAAGAGGCAGGCAAAAAGUUUGUGCCGAUGCACCUUCCUGGUGAGUAUACAGGAAGGAUUGACCUUGUGUUAGAUCUGUCGUACAAUGAGUUUGAGCAGGAUGCAAUGGAUGCUUUGAGCGAAUUCUGCAAGAUCAAUGUUGUGAAAGAGCUGAUAGUGUUUGGAAACUAUUAUGAGGAUUCAAGCAAGGUGAUUGAAGCGGUGAGCGAGCAUGGCGGAAAGGUAAUAGUAAGUGAGGGACAGGACGAUACAUCUGAUGUUGAUGAAAUAGCAGAGUCAUUAAUAGAAAAGGUGGCGAAACUAUAA